AGAAGAAGAUAAAGAAAAGCGUUUUAGUCAUGAUGCUCAAGUCUUCGUGGAAGAAACUCAAAGGGACUCGCACUUCAUCGUCCUCAUCAUCACAAUCAAAAUCACAGUAGUAAAGAUGAUAACAAAGUUCAUCAUCAUUAUCAUAGUCCGUCUGCCAAGUUAUUAGAUGAUUUUACUCAAGCUUCCAUGGUAAAUCUGAAGUCAGUUUUUUUUAACUAAUCAAUCAUUUUGGUUUAAUUUUUGACGCAGGAUAUGCAGGACAUGAAAAAAUGCAACGAUACCAUACUUUAUGCUGCUGCUGCGGCUGCGGCUGCAAAUAGCGCAUUUGUAUUUUCUGAAUCUCUGCGAGAAAUGGGUACUUGUCUACUGGAGCAGAAUGACGAUGGACAAAUUGUAAUUUUGGUUGCAGGUAAUGUUCUCCGAAUGCUGAUUAAAGUGCAAUUUGGACUUCAAGAACUUGUUGAUAGCUAUCGGUCUCAUAUUUUCCAGACAGCAACGUCAGAGUCCAUUCUAACUCAACUAAAAACAGUAGAGCAUAUGAAACAAUGGUGUGAUGAAAAAAGAAAUCUAUAUCAAGGCCUGUCGACUGCUCAAAGGGAAAAUGAAAAGACGAGAUCUUUCAAGGGUGAAACCGUUUCACUUCAGAAGUUGCAAGAAGCUUCUGAGGAAUACGAGCGGGAGGCGAUUUGUUUUGUUUUCCGGUUGAAUUCAUUGAAAGAACGACAAAACCAGAAUUUGCUAAAACAAGCUGUUCAGCACCAUGCUGCACAGAUUAAUCUUAAAGUUGCUAGAGGCAAUUGGCCCGGAAGUAAUAUUGGCAGUUGAACAUCAACACAGUGACUUUGUCUUGGAAGCUGGCUGCGGGGAAAGGCGUGCAAGCUUGAGUGGCACUCGUAAAAAUUUAUGGUGCACAUUGCCCUUGGAACCAAGGAAUCAUGAGAAAGAUCUAAGAUAUGAUAAAAAAGAAAGCAAUGUCAACAAAGCUUAAAACAAGUUACCUUCUCCUUUCUCAUCCCCGAGAAUAGGCAAGCUCCAUGAACUUCCGAGCCCACCGACUGCUAGAAAUGUACCACUAGUUCGUCACCCGGCUUCCUUGGGAAGAAGUCAAAACCUGUUUGCAGCAAUGGAUGAACGGUUGACGCCACGAAA